AUCCCAUCCUGCCCCGCGGCCCCGCCCCUUCCCACAAUCCUUUGUGGCGCCCCCCCCCCCCCCCCACGCUUGCCCUUUCUCCCAACCGGGCCCUGCUCGUCGCCAUGGAAACCGGCCCCCCCGGAGGGGAGGGAGCCCCCAUCGAGGUGGAGCUGAAGUUCCGUGUGGGUCCCGACACGGCGACCGCUCUGUGGGCCCUGGGCGCCGUGGGGCUGCCCCACACCCCCCCUUUCCGCGACUGCUACUUCGACGUCCCCGGAGCCGCCCUGGGGCGAGCCGACGUCUGGCUGCGGCACCGCCAGGGGCAAGGCUGGCAGCUCAAACUGCCCCACGGAGACCCACGGCUGCCCCACGGAGACCCAGAGCCAGCUCACGGUGACCCCCAGCCCCAUAGAAAUGCCGAAAUCACCCGAACCCCCCCCGAACCGGCCGAGCCCCGCUCCCACCCGCCCCCCACCUCGCCCCCCAGCCGCCCCCCGAGCGCCGUCACAAUCUACCGGGAAGUGUGGGGCGACGCGGGGGUCUUACGGGAACUAACCCGGCUCCUGGGGGUCCCGUCGGCGCCGUGGGGCAGCGUGAGGGCGGCCCUGGCCCCGCUGGGCCUGCGCCCCACGGCGUCCUUCGUCACCCGCCGGCGCAGCGUCCGCGUGGGGCGGGUGAAGGUGGAGCUGGACGAGGCGGAUUUCGGGUACGGGCUGGGGGAAGCGGAAGAGGAAGUGACGGCAGAGGGCGGGGCCCGGGAAGUGGAAGAAGCCAGGAAACGCGUGGAAGGGGUCUGCAGGGCGCUGGGGGCGGAGCCGCGGCAACGAAUUCCCGGGAAACUCAGCGUUUUCCUGGCCCGGCAUCAGCCGCGUUAUUACAAGCUGCUGCGGGAAGCCGGGAGGUUGGAGGAAGUGGAGAAAGAGGAAGAAGAGGAAAAGGAGGAGGAAGUGCCAGGCCCCACCCAAUAAACCAUGCCCUAA